AUGUCGGAUCCCUUCUCCAUCAAUGGAGGUGCUGCAGUAGCCAUGGUGGGCAAAGACUGCAUUGCCAUAGCGUGUGACACCAGACUAGGAAGCCAGUCGCUUGGCUUGGCAAAUAAUUUCGAAAAAGUGUUCCAAAUGGGAAAAACUACUUUUCUUGGUCUCACAGGUUUAGCUACAGAUGUGAUUACAUUGCGUGAAGAUUUCCGCCUCAAGAACAAUUUGUACAAGUUGAGGGAAGAACGAGAAAUGGAACCCAAAACAUUGGCCAAUCUUGUCAGCACAUCACUUUAUGAACGUCGGUUUGGUCCAUAUUUCGUGUCGCCAAUUGUGGCCGGUUUGGGUAAGGGAGGCCAGCCUUUUAUAUGUGGAUUUGACCUGAUUGGAUGCAUUGACUUUGCUAAGGAUUUUAUUGUUAGUGGUACUGCUUCGGACCAGUUGUAUGGUACGUGUGAAUCAUUGUAUGAACCCAACUUGGAGCCGGAAGAUUUGUUUGAGACAAUCAGUCAGGCUUUGUUGAACGCAGUGGAUCGUGAUGCGUUGUCGGGAUGGGGAGCUGUAGUGUAUGUGGUGACCAAGGAAAAGGUGGUUCGCCGGGUGUUGAGAACAAGACAGGAUUAG